AUGAAACAGGAGCAGCACGAGGUAGCGAGCACGGACAACGUGACUCUGUGCGUCAAGACAUGGCCGGCGCGGCCGAGCUUCGACGGGGACAACGAGCAGCGGCAGAAGCAGGCGCUGAUGGCGGUGAUCGUGCAUCCCUACUCGCGCAUGGGCGGCUCGCAGUUCGUUACGCAGGGGCUGGCCGAGUACCUGUGUCUGCGCGGGUUUAACGUGGUGACGUUCGACCUGCGGGGCGCGGGCAAGUCGACGGGGCACGCGUCGUUCACGGGCGAGCCCGAGGUGGCGGACGUGAUGGCCGUGUGCCGCUGGGCGAGCGAGAAGUACGGCCAGCGCAUAUUGCUGGUGGGGUCGUCCGCAGGAGACCCCACUGCUGGCUCUGCGCUGCCCACACUGCCCGCAGGUGGACCUAUACGAGGUCAUCGGCUUCCCCUGGCCCUCACACCCACCCUUAUUUCUCUCCCAUCCUCUCCCUCCUUCUUCCCCUCCCUCCGCCUCCUCUCAAACCUCCUCUCCCCAACUGCAGGAGCACCCAUUGCAGGCUCAGCCCUGCCGCACUGCCCACAGGUGGACCUGUACGUGGGCGUGGGCUACACCUUUGGCUUCUUCUCCUCGCUCGUCUUCGGCUCGCACUACGCCAAUGUGCUCACCUGGCCGGGCCCCAAGCUCUUCAUCAUGGGCGCCAAGGACGGGUUCACGAGCACCAAGACGCUCGAGACGAAGGCGGGCAAGGCGGUGGGCGUGGCGAAGGUGAGCAUUGUGGAGGACGUGGGGCACUUUGGGCUCGAGGGCCCCGCGUAUGACGAGGAGGUGGCCAAGCGUGUGGUGGAGUUUGUGGCUGAGCAGGCCAAUGCUGGUGCUGGUGGGGAAGGGGGUGGUGGUGGGGAGGAGGGUGCUGGUGGGGAGGAGGGGAUCAAGGAGAGUGAUAGCUAG